AUGGACAGCGCGGACGGCACGGAGUUCCCGGCCGCGGAUGGGCUCUAUGGCGUUGACACCCUCGACCCCGACAUGGUCUGGCCGGUGGGCGCCGUGCACUACUACAGGGAGCUGAUUGCGCACCUGAAGAGCAAGGGCUACGUCGCGGGCAAGGACCUGUACGGCUGCCCGUACGACUUUCGCCAGAGCAACCGCCUGCAGGCGCAGCUCGACCGGCUGCAGGCGCGCCUCGAGGGCGCCGUGCGGCGCAGCGGGGGCCGCCGCGCGAGCGUCGUCUCGCACUCGAUGGGCGGCCUGCUCGUCAAGUGCCUGCUCGCGGAGCGCCCGCAGGUGUUUGAGCGGCUCGUGGGCAAGUGGAUCACCAUCGCCACGCCGUUCCGAGGGGCGCCCGGGGUGGCGUGCGACGCCAUCCUGUCCGGCGUAGAGGUGAGCGGCCCCGCCGAUGCCGGACGCGCGCCCGCGGUGUUAGGUCAGCGUUCUGCGUGCGCCCGACGCGUCGAGUCGACAUGA